CCCCCCCCUUCCCUCUCUCUGCGUUGUGCUUUGGGGACUGCAAGCGCAAACUUGCUCGCAUCUCUCAAAGCUGAAAAAAUAUUUGCUGUAUUCUGCUUAUUACCCACUACCCAAUAAACCAGAACACAUGCUCUCUCGCAUCCCCAUCUCUUUUCAUCAUCACCCCCACCUCCCUCACCAUCCUUGCUCCAGCAUUCUUCUCCUUCUUCUGCUUCCCUUCUCCAGUUCCUCUCACCUCCUUGCUCUCCGUCUCCAUCCCUAGACCAUUUUCUGAUCCCCGUUGUCCGCCCAAGAUGAUCACUUGGUUGGACUUCUACCAUGUUAUGACCGCAAUGGUGCCGCUUUACGUGGCCAUGAUAUUGGCCUACGGCUCCGUGAAAUGGUGGAAGAUCUUCUCUCCCGAUCAGUGUUCCGGUAUCAAUCGUUUCGUUGCCCUGUUCGCAGUUCCUCUCCUCUCUUUCCACUUCAUCGCCUCUAACAAUCCCUACGAAAUGAACUUUCGCUUCAUUGCUGCCGAUACCCUUCAAAAGGUCAUCGUUCUAGUCAUUCUUGCUGUCUGGGCCAACGUGAGCAAGAGGGGCUGCUUGGAAUGGACCAUAACACUGUUCUCGCUCUCCACCCUCCCGAACACUUUGGUUAUGGGUAUCCCUUUGCUUAAAGGCAUGUACGGUGAGUUCUCCGGAAGUCUGAUGGUCCAAAUAGUGGUCCUUCAGUGCAUCAUUUGGUACACCCUGAUGCUGUUCAUGUUUGAGUUUAGAGGAGCCAGAAUGCUGAUCUCCGAGCAAUUCCCGGACACCGCUGGCUCCAUUGUUUCCAUCCAUGUUGACUCCGAUGUCAUGUCCUUAGAUGGAAGGCAGCCAUUAGAAACCGAAGCUGAAAUCAAAGAAGAUGGAAAGCUUCAUGUGACUGUGAGGAAAUCCAAUGCUUCGAGAUCAGAUAUCUUUUCAAGAAGGUCUCAGGGGCUUUCUUCCACGACCCCUCGCCCUUCAAAUCUUACUAACGCAGAGAUAUACUCUCUCCAAUCCUCUCGAAAUCCCACACCGCGAGGCUCCAGUUUCAACCACACAGAUUUCUAUUCUAUGAUGGCUGGUGGUCGAAAUUCAAAUUUUGGUGCCUCAGAUGUGUAUGGUAUGUCGGCGUCAAGAGGGCCAACGCCAAGGCCUUCUAAUUACGAGGAAGAUGGUUCCGGGGGUGGUAAGCCCAGGUUCCACUACCAUGCUGGGCCUGGAGGAGCAGGGCAUUACCCGGCACCAAACCCAGGAAUGUUCUCGCCUACUGCGUCCAAGAAUCUUGCUGCAAAUGCUAAUGCCAAGAGGCCUAAUGGUCAAGCGCAGCAGAAGCCGGAGGAUGGGACGAGGGACCUUCAUAUGUUCGUCUGGAGUUCAAGUGCUUCCCCAGUAUCAGAUGUCUUUGGGGGCCAUGAGUAUGGAGCUCAUGAGCAGAAAGACGUGAAAUUGACAGUAUCUCCAGGCAAAGUGGAGGGUCACAGAGAGGCUCAAGAGGACUAUCUGGAGAAGGAUGAGUUCAGCUUUGGAAACAGAGGAGCAGACAGGGAAAUGAAUCACCACGAAGGUGAGAAAGUUGGAGACAAGUCUAAAACUAUGCCUCCAGCAAGCGUGAUGACGAGGCUUAUAUUGAUAAUGGUGUGGAGAAAACUUAUCAGGAACCCCAACACGUACUCUAGCUUAUUCGGCCUUACUUGGUCUCUCGUUUCAUUCAAGUGGAACGUUGAAAUGCCUGCUAUUAUAGCAAAGUCUAUUUCCAUUUUGUCAGAUGCAGGGCUAGGCAUGGCCAUGUUCAGUCUGGGUCUGUUCAUGGCUUUGCAACCGAGGAUCAUAGCAUGUGGGAAUUCGACUGCAGCUUUUGCUAUGGCCGUGAGAUUCCUUACCGGUCCAGCUGUCAUGGCAGCCGCUUCCAUUGUUGUUGGCCUCAGGGGCGUCCUCUUACACGUUGCUAUUGUUCAGGCAGCCCUGCCUCAAGGAAUUGUCCCCUUUGUCUUUGCCAAGGAGUACAAUGUGCACCCUGACAUUCUCAGCACAGCAGUUAUUUUCGGGAUGUUAAUUGCGCUGCCCAUAACUCUCGUCUACUACAUCUUGUUGGGACUAUGAAGCAUGUGAUGGAUGAUUGUCCAUGGAAGCUCGGGGAAAGCUACUGCAGGAGGAAUAGGGAAAUUAAACGAUUCAAUAGGAGUCCCCGGCCGGAUGAAUCUUCUGAGAUUUUCUUUUGUUUGUCCUUUCCUUUUUUGGAAUGAAUUCUCCUUGCUCGGUCGGUAAAAUUGAAUGUAAAAUCAUAUGCUUUGUAGCUAAUCAUCUAUAAAAUGGUUAUUUAUAUGUUGUUAAA